AUGUCGGAGCAAUCGUUGAGCGUCGACCAGAUUCCGGUAGAGGAAUUGUUGAAUAUUCACCAAAUGAUAUUCCAGCCGAGUACUUUGGACCUAUUAAUAAGUCAUCUUGAGAAGGGAAUCGCUCAAGGUGGUGCUUCUCCUGACUUGUGCUCCGCUGUCUUGCGCCUGUAUUUGCUAUACCCCCAGUGCGCUAAUGCAGAAGUUGUAAGAAAAAUUCUUGUCCAGAACAUCGUAGCUCUACCAGAAAAUCAAUUCGGAUAUUAUGCAUGCAUUUCUCCUUCUCAUUUUCCUUCCCCAGAAGACGAGAAGCGCGUCCAGGAUAUCCUUACUCUGCAGGAACACAUCGAAUCCUGCAACUUCAAGGCAGUAUGGGCAAUGCUAAGAGAACCAGAUAUGGCGGAUGUGUUGCAUACGCCUGGGGUAGUUGACGCCUUACGUCGUUAUAUAUGCGAAGUGCUGCAGCAGACAUUUUCUACAAUAUCUUUAUCUGAUUUUUGCCAGUUACUGAAUUUAAGUAGCAGCAGCAGCACAAGCAGCAGCAGCAGUAGCAACACUACUAGUAGCAGCAGCAAUAACACAAGCAGCAAUAGCAGCAAUGCUGCUGCUGCUGCAGCAGAUGAAAAGGUAGAGAAACUUAUUAAGACAAGAGGAUGGACCAUAGAGGAAGGAUCGGCAGGAAAUAAAGUUGUCCGUCUUAGUGCUAAAGAUAUUGAAUCCCCUAAGGCUGUUGCUACUCGUGCAUCUGUUGCACAUAAGACAGUAGAAAAGUACCUCUCUCCUGAGGGACUGCAGCAGUGUCUUGCCUUGCUGCAGCCUUAA